CGUUAUCGUAACACUUAAUAAUAAUAAAAAUAUUUGCGUGGCCAUCAUCCCCGACGGUGGUCGUACGACAACGUGACCGCCACCGGGCCGGCUGCAGGGUCACAGUGGUAGUGGUAGUGGUAAUGGUGGUGGUAGUGGCAGUGGCUGUUGUUGUACUAGUGAUGGAAAAUACCCCCACGGUGUGUUCUGGACCGUACAGUGGCGACAGGACAACUAUAGCGAACGCGGACGCCGGGCGGCGACAGAGCAGUAUGUCAUCGUUCGUUGACGUCACCGCGUGUGUCCGUCCGCGCUCUCCGCGGCGGCGGCGUCGUCGUCCGCGGAGGGGAGCGCGCGAAAUUCGCCGCGCGCGUGUCUGUGUGCGUAUACGUUUGCGUGUGUGUGCGUGCGCGCGUCCUGAAUGAAUGAACCCCCGGUCGCCUUGGGCCGGUCCUCCCGUCCGUUCAACAGGUCGCCAUUGGUCAACCGGUGGCCGGGUGGAAAACCCACGGUCGCGCGGGUGGGGGCCCGGCGGGCCGCCCUUACGUUUGCCGCCGCCGCCGCUUCUGCUGCUGUUGCCGCCGCUCGGUCCACCGUCGAGACUUAAAUGUCCACCGGAGUCAGGUGGCCAUCUCAGUUGAUCGUUUUCGGUCGACGGUGGUCAUCCAUAUAAAUAUAUAAUAUAUUAUAAUCAUCAUCGUCGUCGUCGUCGUCGUCGUCCCGUGUACUCGCGAGUUUUCACAAUAUUUGUUUAAUAUUAUUAUUAUUUUUUAAUUUGAGUCGUAUCGUAACUUAAAUAGUAUACGUAUAUACAUAAAACAGACUUUUCAGUUCGUCCGAUAUAACACACAUUCAUUUAUUAUUAUUGUUUUCCGAUCGUUUUUUAUUAUUAUUUUUGUUUGACGUUCGUAUCGACAUCGCAAUCGCCGGCACAAUAUAACAACGACUCUCUCGGUACGCUUGUGACAUAAUAUACGCAUAUAUUAUAUUAUUAUAUUAACCGUAAUCAGUACGAUUGGACGUGCCUAAUAUUCUCGACGGAAUACGUUUUUUUCUACCGUUUUUAAUUUUUUACACUUCUACUCGACCUCCGACGGCCUUAUGGAGUCUUACGAAGGCGCCGGGUGCGUCGAUUGUUAUCGAGAACACUGCAGGCAGCGAACGCCUUCGGUGCCGGUCACGACAACCGUGUCAGACCGCCGGACGCCGUCGCUACAGAUGAACCGCUGCCAAACUGUCCCUAGGAGGUUCGAUUUCACCCGCCGUUCGUGUCGACUUUUUAUCGCCGGUUCGUUCGUCAUCGGACUGAUUUUGGUGCCCUGCGCUAUGUCCGCACCCGCCAAACCGUCAAAGUCUCCGUCGCCGACGCCGCCGCCGCCGCGCCCGAUCGUCGCAACCGGCACGCCGUUCUGGCACAACCCGUGCGGCACGCUGUUGACUUAUGACGGCAGUGGCGGCGGCGCCACUGGCGCCAUGAUGAGCAGCGCCGUCAGCCACGACAUUAUGAUGGAAUCGGAACCGGAAUCGGAGUCGGUGAUGCGGCGCGAAGAGGACAUCAUCCACGGCAUUGUCGUAGCCGCCGGUCUGGCCCUGACGCACGCCGAACAGUUCACCGGUGCUUUCGUGGUCGAAACGUUUCACGUCGACGUCAAGAAAAAUCACGACCACUGGAAAGGCAUCAAACUCGACUGGCUCGAUCUGGCCAAGUACAUGCCUAAAGCGCUGGACGUGCCGCUCAGCAAGUCCUAUCUGGCCAGUCUGACGUUCAGAGACGUACUGCACGCCGUGUACGUCGGCAUGCAAAACUUGGCCGUGGGUCUGGAACAAGUGGCUUGGGACCAGGACCGGGAGAUGCUCCCGUACGCCAAGUACUUCAACGAGACCACUUUGAAACUGAGAACUAUCCUGUGUGAGGUUUCGAUGGCAAUUUACGAAAUCAACGAUACGCCGGAAUCGCACGUGUCCAGGGACAUCAUGCCGAUGGAGUCGAGGAUUUCGCGUGACAAUCAAUCGCUCAGGGACUGGCUGAUACUGCGUGAGUACAUGACCAGCCUCCAAUACGUGAUCGAGGCUUUCGGGUACCUGAAAACGAAAAGAUAAUAAACGCGACCUGAUCGUCGCCGCCGCCGCCGCCGCCGCCGCCGCCACCGUCUCUGACCCCAUAAUCCAUCAUCACCGCUGAUACAUAUUAUUAUUAUCAUUAACUAUUAUUGUGAUACAUAUUCGUCGUCGCCACUCGUUCUCUUUUCCGCACACGUCACUUAUUAUUACAACAUAAUAUUAUAUAGGUUUAUUAUUAUUAUUAUUAUUAUUAUUAUUACUAUACAUACGACAGUACGGAUACGGACGCCAUGCGUUUACGUUUAAUUAAUUACGUAUAUAAUUAUAAUAUUUAUAUUGUGCUUAAAUGUUUUAUAUUAUCGAACGUAAAUCAAUUACACCCCCAUGUCUACCUCCAGACCCUCCGACUUAUCCACCGCUACCGUUCCCACCUCCCCGCCAUCACCUUGUCCCAAUAAUUGUUUCUCGUAUAUUAUGCAUUACGUAUAAUAGUUUUAAGUCAUUAUUCGUUUUAUUAUUAUGAUUUAUUCGAUUUGUUUUUAAAUGACUCGCGCACUAGCGAACAAAUGUAUUAUUAUAUUACCUACCGCGUACUUAUAUUAUCAUACUAUUAUAAUGUGUACUAUCUAUAGUUAGAUAUAUUUUUUGUAGCGUUAACAAUUUUUAUUUACUGAUUUAUUUAUUAUUUAUUUAUUUAUUUAUUUAUUUAUUUAUUUAUUUGGUACCUCCGCGUAUCCAGACUGUUAUUUACACGUUGUAUAUAUGUUUAUCAAAUUGUUUUUACGACGACCUAAUUGUAUCAAACAUUGUGUCUAGUUUGUUAAAGUCAUUGUAGUUAUUAUUAUUAUUAUUUUUAUUAUCAUCAUUAUCAUUGUCAUUAUCAUAAUUUUCAUUAUUAUCGUAGUGUUGAGACCGUUACGCGAGGUCCGACGAUUUACCUCUUCAGCUGUUGUCCCUCGUAUAAAUAUAGUACAUGAUAUACCUACUGUUUGUUUAAUAUUUUUUUGUAGGUAUGUUACUUGAUGUAUUCGUUUAAGUAUUGUCUGUGAUAUUUUAUUGCCUAUUUAGAUUAUUAUUAUUAUUAUUAUUAUUAUUAUUAUUACUAUAAUUAUUAUUGAAGAGUAUGAAAGCUAAAAAGGAAAAAUCAGUGUUGUUAUGACAAAUAAAUUAUUAUUAAUAAAUACACACGUACGG